UUUUGCAGUUCACUUGUGCACAACGCGUCCCUGGCACAACUACGCUACCCAAGAUGGUUCCGCCUCGCGUCGACGCGCCGCUGGCGGACCUGAUGCACAAGUGCUGGAACGAGUCGAGCCGCCUGCGACCGGACUUCGCCUCCAUCCUCACGGCGCUGACAGCCUUCGCGGGCGAUCACGAGCUGGCCCGGGCGAACGGCGUGGAAGGCGGCGGGGCGGCGGCGCUCGUGGAGGCCGACCCGUCCCCGCCCCCGCCGCCGCCGCGGCGGGACGGCAAGAAGUCUGCGGCGGCGGUCAAGAUCGCCCGGGCGAAGGCGGAGGCGGCGGCGCUGGCGAAUGCCGCGGUGGCGGAGCUGAGGCGCCGGAAGUUAACGACCCUGAGAGCGGUGACGGAGCUGCAGCGGCAAGGGCCGCGGUACACGGCGGCGGAGUCGGAGGAGGUGAGCGCGCAAGAACAAGGGCGGCGGCGGCGAGAUGGCGGCGGUGCGGCGGUGGCGGGGGCCGGUGGGCGUAGACAUAGCCUGCGACGCGAGGCGUCGGGACAGCGCGCCGCCGCCGCUGCCGCUUGGCCUCUCUCGGCCAAGGCGGGGGCGGGGGCGGGGGCGGGAGGCGGAGAGGGUGCGGCCUCUGCUGAGCCAGAGGCGACGGAAGGCAACAGCAGUGCGGUGCAUCGUGGUUAUCACGGCAAGGUAGCGGAGGAAGCAGAGGAGGAGGAGGAGGAGGAGGAGGAGGACGGGGUUUGGAUGGGAGAGGCCGAGGAGGAGUUAGGCCAUGGAACGGCGACGGCGGCGGCGGGGGCCGCGGAAAAGGCCGCUCCUUCCCCUCCAGAGGCGGCAGCACCAGCACCGCCGGCAGAUGGGGAGGGCGUUUCGGCGGCAGGGGGGACGGUGGGCGCGGGCCUUCGCCCGGGGGUGCAGCAGCAGCACCGAGCGAGGAUUUCGCAAGGCCGCCAUCGCCGCCUGGGCCGGGAGACGGACAACAAGGCCAGGGAGGAGGGUGUGGCGGCCGUUUCUCUGUAGAUAGAUAAAAAGUGUCCAGGAAGCGGGUUUACUACGUGUAUGUUCUGUGGUUUGUUGGCCCCGGAAUGCCCAAGGUAUUGUUAAAUAUCACGUUUGCUUGCUUGACGUUUUUUUUUUUUCGUGGCAAUAGAUGAUUAGCUCAUUUCGUCCUGGUUGCGGUCUGAGAGUCUGCAACGGGUGUCCUUGGUGCCGAGGUGUCAAUCCACUGCUGUGGUUGCUGCUCGAUCGUCGUGUUCAGGCUUUCCUAAGUGACCUGGUCUAUCCUGUAGCCUUGGCUUCUCAUGCCUUUUGUGCUGUGUUCCUCCGCCAACACGACGAGGCGUUUGUAGAUGGAUUUCGCCAUGUCUCCACUACGCAUACAAUGGCCGGCGGUACAUCUCUGGCGAAAUCCAUCUACAAACGCCUCGGCGCGUCGGCGGAGGAACAGGCAGAUGUGCCACGAGUGCGCGGGCUAUGUUCAUAGAGCUUGUUAGUAGUUUUUGCUUAUCGUUUGAGGAGCGGGGAGUCCGGAAGGGGAGCAGGCAACAACGAAUCGAAGGCAAACCAAGGUUAGUUUACGAGUCUGGUGGCGUGUUUCCUCGAAGAAGCUGGAUUGCGUCGCGCUUGGCUAUCAAGAAAAAAAAGGUUUGUAAGGGUGUUGUUGUUGACCCGUGGUGUCUGUUGUGCUGCCAGUUGCAUGCGCUUGACGGCUCGCUUCUAUCGGGCUUGAAAGUUUCGUUUGCCUGCCGCCUUUUUUUUUUUUGCGGUUGUUUUUAGUGUUUCUCGGUUUUGCUGCUUUGUGCUGACCACGCAUUGUUGCGCCGUGGUCUCUGUCGCGUUAAAGAGGAAGAGGUACAGGUACCUGCUUUGGCGACUCAACCAGCGCGACGGCUCUGAAAAGGCGCAAGUCGCGCAAACAUGAGGGGAAUUGGUAGCCGAUGGUGUCUUUGUCGUGCUAGUGUUGGAUGGCGAGAGGGGGGGGGGGGGCGUACUCUUUUGUUUUGCAUGCCUUAGCCG